UUGUUUCCGGAAUAAUUUGGAACCUCGUUCUAGCAUAACAUCUCAAAGAGAGGCUGAUCGGUUCAAUUCAAUCACAGAACAAUCUUGGUCCCCAGGACAGGAGCAAAACCGAAAACCAGAAGGGGCAAGUAAAUAAAGAUGGUGAAGAAAUUUUUAAUCGAAUCAGACGCUUUCAUGGUCUGUAUGACUCAUGCAUUAUCAACAGAGCAAGAAGAAGUGAUGGGUCUACUUAUUGGAGAGAUAGAGGAUGAAGUAUCACAUGCUCAUGCAGUCAUCAUGUUGAGAAGGUCUGACAAACGUAAGGAUCGAGUUGAGAUAUCACCAGAACAGCUUUCAAAUGCAUCUACUAAAGCUGAAGUGAUUGGUCACAGCACAAGAGCAAACAAGCCAUUGAGAAUUAUUGGCUGGUACCAUUCGCAUCCACACAUAACAGUUUGGCCAUCUCAUGUUGAUGUAGCAACACAGUCUAUGUAUCAAAUGAUGGAUCAAGAUUUUGUUGGCUUAAUUAUUUCAUGCUUUAACGAUGAUCCAACAACGGCGAUUGGUGAUGUCCAAGUCACGUGUUUUCAAGCGAUCGAAUCAGGACCUUACUCACAAUUAGAGAGACUUGAAGUCGAGUUUUCAAUUGUUCCAAGCCCUGCCCCAAGUGCAGCCACUUUGUCAGCUCUUGUUGAGUUGCCUGUUAUUCUUGAGGAGGAAGAAUCCGAGGCUUACAACAAAACAUUAUCACACAAAAUGCAAGAUCUAGUAACAGCUAUCCACAAUGGAACAGUGUACACAAAAGCCAUCUGUCAACUGCUAUCUGUGAUCUGUGCUCCUCUUAUGCAAACUUUGGAGAGACAACUGAAAAACAGAGCAUUAAAACUCGAUGACCUAAGAAAAGAAAAACUCAAUUUAGAGAAAGAAUUAAUGGAACUGCAUAAAAGUAACGAAUGCUCCAAAUAAGCCAGCAGGCAGGCCAAUUAUUGACUUUGUCCAAAGACCACAGCUUUGAACAUUGGAAGUGGAAAUAUCGUCGAUCAGGAGACGACGGCGUCAUUAUCAAAUGGACUUUUGUUGUCGUGAGUGGAGAGCUGACCUCUGGAAUGUUGUUCUGAGAGGUUGGUUGACCUGUGGUGCUGUUAAAGGGCUGCCAGGUAAGCCAUAUGUGAACAAAGUCCUUUUAAGCCUCUCUCAGCCUCAGCCUCCUUUUCGAGAGCCUGCCAUCACUGUUUUACCUUGUGUCACUCUAUCUUGGUAGCAGUCAAGUGCAAGACCCAACAAUGUAAUUUAUUGACUAAAAGGGUGAAGUUUAGGCUGGUGUGCCAUUUUGAGUGCAUCAUUUUUGCCCAAAAGCUUAGGCUUAACGUUGGGUAUCUAUUGACAGAUUUUAGAACUGUAUCCUGUGUUUAAUUGUUACUUAGAUUCUCACAGUUCUAUAUUGAAAUAACUUCAAUGACAAGACAAAAUUGU